AUGGAGCUCUGCAAUGGUGCUGGUCUGAACUCUGAUGUAGUCGUGAAAUGCAAAAAUAGGUCUGCCUCUAUGAUCUCUGGCAAGGCCACCUGCUCCAGCCUCUCUGGGGUUACCCUUCGAGGCUCCGUCUGUAUUGAUCUUCAACGUGCCGACAGGGGGGGUGGUCCAUCUGAUAAUCUGCAUACGAGGGCGAUUCUGGCGACGAUGGGGCCGAAAAGAAGGGGAGAGAAGGUGGCUCAAAAGAGGGGCUCGAGAACAGGAGGACUCCUCAAGGAGGGAAGAAUUGGCGAUGAGUUGAAGAUGUUUCCAAACUCGAUCGCAGACGCGUUGAGCAGUGAAGGGGAUUUGUUUAACUCUUUUGUCAUUGCGGGAACACCAGAGGUACCAAAGGAUAAGAAUGGGAAUGAGGUGGAAUAG